AUGGAUUAAUACUCAAGUGCCUUUUAGAUGUUAGGGUAAAAUAUGUUUUCAAAAGCUCCAUCAAGUGGUUAUAGUCAAGGAUAUCAUCCUAUGAUAUAAAAAAAUUAAAAUAAAUAGAAGUUUGAUUAACUAAUACAGUUAAUGUAAUUAUAAGAGUAGACAGUAUUAAAAAAAUACUUAAAAAGGUUAGCGAUUAUAAUACAAGAAUGAAAGAGAAAGAAGAUCAACUUUAUUAGUUGGAAUAAUAAUCAAAUCAACUAUAAAGAGAUCUAAUUUAGAAAGAUAAAUAGAGGAAUGAGCAUAAUCAAAUACAUUAUAAAAACUAUUAACCAACUUUUAAUGUUUAAAACAAUGUUGAAAUUGAGGAAGUGUAGUCUGAUGUAUAAUAGUAAUUUAAGAACUUAAAAUAAAAUAAAUCUAUGUAAGGAGCCGAUCAUCCAGAAGUGUAGUCUUAAUAAAUGCAAAGGAAGGCUUCUUUUUAAAGUAAUUAGAAUUAGACUAGACCAUAAACUAAUGGUAUUUAAGGGAACUUAAAAUUGUAAAAUAUGCAGAAAUAAAUUGAAGAGUAAAAUUAAUAUAUUUAAUAACUAUCUGAUUUAGUAGGGAAUAGGAAACCAAAAUAUGAUGCAGAAAAGGAGGAUAGUUUAACAUAAUUAUUGAAUGAAAGAGAUGAUUUAUAAAAAUAGCAAAUAUUGAAUGAGAUAAAGUAAUUAAAAUAGAGAGUAGAUGGAUAUGAUUAAUCUAGAUAAUAAAUGAUACAAUAGCCAUUUUAAGGAUAUGGUUUUAUGCCUUAAUAAUAAUUAUUGUAAUAAUAAGGGAUGAUGUAAUUAUAGAAUCCUUAUGGUAUGUAUCCUUAAAUGUAUCCUCAAAAUUUUUAAUAAUAAUAAUAAUAAAGUGAUGAAUCAGAUGAGAAUGAUUUGAAUAAUGAGAUAUUGAUGAAAUUGAUUGAUUAAUAAAAUAGAUAAAAAAAGAGAGGAUCAAGAAAUAGAUAGAAUAGUUAAGAUUAAAGAGAUAAAGAUUAAAGGAGAGAUAGAAGACAUGUAUAGAAGAGGAAAUAAAAGGAUGAUAAUAAUAAUAAUGAUGGAGAUGGUGAUUGA